UUCCAUGCACAAUUUGCGCGGAUUUCCCGCGUGGCUUGGGGAGACAGGCAGCUAUGGAAGGGAAUGGGAAUCUCAGGAAAACCAAAGGUCUAUCAAGGUGUCCGAGUCAAGAUUACCGUGAAGGAGCUUCUGCAACAGAGGAGAGCCAAACAGGCUGUAGCAGAUGAAGCCGUUUCCGGAGAAGGCAGUGGUAGCAGUGUCCAGUUCACGGAGUCUUUCUCCCCUCCCUGGGCAGCCCCUUACGUAGACGCAGAGCUUGCCUCUUCUUCUCCCUCUGGCUCUUUACAAGCUUGGCAGUUCCAGGACGGCCCUGCCUGCGAGGAGAUCCCCAGCUAUUUGGAGCAGCUGGUUGAUUCCUGUCUUCAGACUGAGCAACCUUUGGAUGCUGCUUUGGGGGCUCUGCAGGGCAACAUGCCGUGUUCACCGGACACCUUCCAACCAAGCUCUUCCCACCUCAGCCAAAACCUGGGUGCUGGAUCACCAGAUUCUUCUGAUCCCUCCAGCUCAUUUGAUUACAGCUACUCUCUACCGCAGCUGUCUCCUUUCGCUCCUCUCACUUACAACUCCCCUUCCCAUCUGGAUGCCAAGAGUUGCAUGUUCCCGUCGUCAGAGGGAAGCUCUUACCAUCAGCAGCACCACGCACAGUACAGCCAUCCUCCUUCCACGUGCUGUUGCACGUCUUGUGGCUCCCAGCACUUGGACGCUUUCAGAGUACCAGAAUAUUUCCCCUACGCAAACAUGGACUGCAGGGACUAUGCCCCUUCCGUCUCUGUGGCGGACGACUUCUUCCGGAGGGAUCGGAGCUGGGACACUUGCUACAGUUAAUGGGGAGGCACAUCUUGCGGGGCCGCUGACAUAAGCACAGGAGAUCUGUAUAGACUGUGGCUGCCAUUUUGGCUCCAGAAUUGCUCAAAAUGCUAUGUAGGUGAAGUGAUAGCUUUGUGUUGGUCUCACCUGGGUUGCUUUUGGAGGAGGAUGCAAGCGUUUGGGCUUCACAGGAUUCUUCAUUGGGCAGAAUGGAAAGGGGGCAACAUUCUUAGAUUGGUUGUAUGCUGCGAUAAGCACACACAUACAACACCCUGCACCAGGAAUCCAAAUUCCGCAUUGAGGAAAGCUGAAUCCUACAAGCUGCUUAAUUUAAGCAAAUGUCUUUUAUUUUGCAUAAAUGGUUUUGUCUCUGCUCAUUGCAGGGAGGAACAAAGAGGCUAGGCAGGAGAUUGAAGUUCUGCUCCCUGCCCACGGGGUAUCUUAUUCAUUAUCAUGUCUGUUUUCUACAGUUUCCCCAAGUGGUGUCCACAUGCCUGCAAACGUAUUUCUGUAAUCAUAAGGACUAGAAACUUUAAAAAAAUAUAUUAAACCUGAGAUUUCUAGGAAGCUAAUUUUUCAUCUAACAGCAUAUCCUUCAAUAUUUCUGUACUUGAACAGGA